AUGUUGCUGUUUCUGCUUUUAAUGUUAACUUUGAACGUGAGCGGCAAAGGUACGUUGACACACUUUUAUGGAUUUGACAAAUCCAAACAUUGUUACUCAGCCUUUUUACGAUUUUCUCAUGUGAUCAUUUUAGUUGAAUAAAUACAGAUUUGUUUUUUUAUGGUGUUUUCAGCUGCUGUCAUCAAUCUUAAGAAAACUGUUGGUAGAGAGCCGAACGCCGUGCCAGUGUGCAGCAACUCAACUGAUAGUAUUAUCACAUUGGUCGUCUGUAAAAUCAGCAUGAGGAGCGGGAAUGAUUGUCAACUUUUCUAUCAACAUAACCAUGACUUUGAGAAUAAAUGUGACUCCAGAGUCAGAUUAAUGAAAGAGAUCCAAACAAUAUUUCUGGAUUUAACUAAUUUAACACCAACGGAUGGUGGGAACUACACGUGUGAAUGUUCACACCUCGGUGGAACAGAAGAACUCCAUCUCAACGUCACCGUCAGAGGUAAGUUUGAAACUUCUCAUAUUUCAUUCCUUACAAAUAAUAUUUGAUUGAUUUACACAGAAGCAAAAGAUGUAAAAAAAAAUUGCCUUUUUUCUUAUAGUUGAUGAAAUAUUGUUCACAGCUAUUGUAAUGUAACCAAUUAAAUCAGCCACAAAUGUCACAAAAUGCCCAUAAUGUAAAAAUAAAAAGUUCUGUAUCUUAACAUGUUUUUUAAAAAGUAGAGCAAAUAUGAAUUAGCUGUUGUAAUUUUCUGAGGUGGAACUUUUUCUUUAGUUCCAGAGAGAAAAACUACAAACAACUUUGAAGAAAAGUUUUUCAUUACACCAGCUCUUGGGGCCGGUGUCAUAGCCGUCAUUCUGACUGGAGUUCUCCUCGGAUGUAUUUGCAGGAAAAUAAAUCACUGGUAAGUAACUAAUCGAUUAAAAAUACAGUUGUUGUUUUUUUCAGCACUUUUUACCCACUCAGCAGAACACAGAGACAAUUUCUGUUUUUAUUUGAUGUUUUAGCAAAAGAAGACGACCGGACCCAACACCAGCUUCCCCAGUGACGGUACAGACUCCUAAAAUCUUCUACUUUCAUGUCUGCCGCUCUUUUACAUAAUCCAGUUAUUUUCUAAACUGUGUUCUUUUGCAGGAACACGUAGAAGACAUAGAGCCGUACAGCACCUUCACACAGAGAGAGAACGAACUGUAUUCGAUUGCUGUGAUGCCAAACCGAAUGAAUAACUCACCCAGGUUGACACGAGUUUAA